UCCCACAUAUACCACCCAACCCAGCCCAAGAUGCGGCCCACUAUACAGAGGACCCGCCUCCCUCCCAAGCGCCGCCGCCGUCGCGACACGCUCGCCGGCGAGCCACCACUCUAUGCAACUUGCUCUUGCUGCGCGCGCCGUCCCACCCCCCAGCUUAAGCUCUCGGCCGGGCGGCCCCUCUGAGCUAAAGCGCGGGCACCGGAGAUGAGGCUUCCCGUCCCGCGGCGGCCGGCCGGGCCCCCUUCCUGUCGGCAGCGAGGUUUUCCCGGCCGCACGAUGCGCUCUACAAGGCGGUGGCAUCCGCGCUCUACAGGCUCCACGAUGCGCUCUACAGGGCGCUCCAGGCCGUCAUGGAGUGCGAGGAGGACGGCGCCGUCGCCCGCCGCUUCAACGCCGGCAAGGUGUCUGAUGAGCUUCGUAAGUUGGACAAGAGUAUCGGGGACAGGGUACUGGACGUGAUCCUUUCCACGAGCCUGCACACCAACAGCAUCCUGCUUCGUGCGUAGCAGUCGAAACAUGAUGGGGAUGAAGGACUACUGCUUCACCCGCUUCCUCAAAUUCAGGAGGGCAGGUAAGAUCGUGUAUAUUGUUAUAUAUUUUCAGAAGAGAAACAACACCCAUCCUCUGCAUCAUCUUGGCAUUACUCUGUCUGUUAUGGGCGGGAUGCGCUGUUAUUGUCUCAGAAAGUUCAAUUUGUCUGAAUUGGAGGCCGCUACGAAUAACUUUUCAGAAGAGAACUUGAUUGGAGAAAGUGACUCUUGUACUGUAUACAAGGGUAAAUUACGUGAUGGGUUUGAAGUUGCCAUCAAAGCAUAUAGUGAGAUGCAGUACAAGGCUUGCCGAAAAGAAUGUGAAAAUGAGGAGUAUAUCGCAGGAAAGCUUCUGCAUAAAAAUAUUGUGGAACUUGUGGGGUGUUGCUCUUCUGGUGGAUUAUUUUACCAGGUCUAUGAAUACAUGCACAACCGAAGCUUGUCUGAUCACUUGCAUGGCAGUAAGAUACAGUGGCCAAAGAUCUUCAAUGCUAUUAUCCAAGGGAUUGCCAUUGGUGUAGAUUAUCUUCAUGAGCAAUGCGGAUUAGGCAUCGUGCAUCUUCAUUUAAAGCCGAGCAGCAUACUCUUGUUUCAUGACUACACUCCCAAGAUUUGUGAUUUUAGCAUCUCCAAUAUGUUACCUGAUUCUGCCAAGGAAGGGACUGUUGAUACCGUAAUAGGGACAUGGGGUUUCACAGCUCCCGAAUACAUGCUGUCUCGUAGGUUCUCAAUCAAGAGUGGCGUCUACAGCUUUGUUGUCAUCCUCCUCGAGCUCCUCACUGGAUGGAGCAGACAUCAGGAAGCAAAAAACUGCAAGGACCCUGUAAAUGUGUUGGUUUGGGGGUUGUGGAAAACGGGAAAGCUGGAGGAGUGUGUUGACCCAAGGCUCGCUCGUGCCACUGGCGUAACAGAAUCGCAGGUUGAGGAGAUGAAGAGGUGCAUCCACGUGGCAUUGCUCUGCGUUGAAGAGGACCCGGCGCUGCGUCCUGACAUGUCCGACGUGCUCCGAAUGCUCAGAGACAACAGCCCGAUCACUGGCAGGCGUUCCCCGUGAUGCCCGGCUUACACCAUAUGAUCAAGGAUAGAUGAUCGAUCUGUAAAGCUAUAGUAGGGUAGAGUAUAGCAGUGUGUCUCUGUUUUGCCCGGUUUUUGUUGAUUCAUCGAGUUGUAAAUCAAAGGCCAGACUGUAUAUAAGCCGGCCUGUGGAAACGGUAGUUUUUUUUACCUGUUUUUGCCCAACUAAUAGAUAGAGCCAUUGUUUUCUUUUCCACACAAAUAGAUAGAUAAUGCCAUAGUUUUGUUUUCCAUAUGAAACUAUUGUUUGAAAAGUAAGGCAAUCUGUCCUGGUCAUUUGCUAUCUCUUCUCAUGAUCAAUAUAUUUUGAUGGCUGUC